AUGACUUUGACACAGGCAAUGAUGAAAUCAGAUGGUAAAAUGAGCUCCUCAAAUAUGUUGGGGGAUAGUAUUUUAUCGAGCAACUUCACUGGUUUAAGUGGAGAAAUGCGUUUUCAAGAGGGUAGAGUACUAUCAAGCUCUCAAAAAUUCAGUAUAGUGAACAUUGCCAAUCAGGAAUACAAAAAGCUUGGCUUUUGGUCAUCAGAGUCCAGGUUCUCGGAUAGCCUUGCAGGUACCAAAAAAAUUGAUAACUUGGAAGAGUUGGGUGGUUUCGCAGAGGUGAUAUGGCCUGGGAAUCCAGAGAGAAUCCCAGGACGAUGGGCACCCAUGAAAAUUGCAGUUCCUGGUAGAGUCUCUUUUAAGAAGUUCCUCAAUGCGGGACCGGAUGAGAAGUCUGGUUUUAUUAUCAGUCUUUAUAAGGAGACUUUUGAUGCUACUGUUGGUGACAUAAUGAUAAUAGCAAAGCGUUGGAGCCUAGUGGAAUUUAGUGUGCCAUUUAUGGAGUCAGCCCUUCAUCAUGGAAAUGUGGGUGGCUACGGGAUCAUCUUCAUCUACACAAUCCUCAUAGUUUGGUUCUUGGAGCAACGUUCCAACCCAGAAUUUAGUGGCCCAUGGAAGGAACAACUUGGCAAUGUGCUUUGGUUCACCUUCUCUACUCUAUUCUUUGUUCACAGGGAGAAGAUUCAAAACUACUACACUCGAUCCGUGAUCGUGGUGUGGCUUUUUGUGGUGUUGAUCUUAACACAUAGCUACACUGCCAGCCUCACUUCAAUGCUCACCUUUUCAAGACUCCGGCCAACUAUGACAGAUAUCGAGCGGCUACAGAGGACAAAUGUAAGAGUGGGGUGUGCUGCAUGCAAUGGUGGUACAUUUGUUAGAAAAUACUUGGAGGAUGUGUAUAAAUUUAAACCAGAGAACAUCAUCCACAUCAGAAACCAAAGCGAGUACCUGAGGGCAUUCGAGAAUGGCAAUAUUUCAGCAGCAUUUCUUGAAGUCCCGUAUGCCAAAGUUUUUGUCAACCAAUACUGCAAUCGGUACGAGUACGGAUCAUUCACCAGCAGAUUUGGAGGAUUCGGCUUCGUGAGUCUUCCCUUCCAAAUAGGUUCUCGAUUAGCUGCUCUUGUUUCUGAAGCCAUUCUUGACAUAUCAGAAAAUGGGAGGCUAAAUGAAUUAGAGAAAGAGUUGUUUGAUCCCUCCUCAGAGUGUUCAAAAUUCCGAGCUACUAAAAACAGUGAUAGCUUGAGCAUUCAGGGCUUCUUGGGUCUAUAUAUAAUCUCUGCAGCCACUUCCACCAUUUGUCUUCUACUCUACCUAAUUAUGAAGAGGAGAAUCCCCCGAUAUUUGAGUAAUGCAGAAACUAGAAUUCCACAGAGAGCUUCAUCUUCUGGGGAUCACAUUGAACUCAACAUUCAGUGA